AGAGAGAGAGAGAGAGGGAGGGAGAGGGAGGAGCGCAGACGGAUAACCGCAAAAGCAUCACCGUCUCCCGCUCGUUUUCUUCACUCUCUUCCGCCCUCGAGAACAGAAAGCGACAGUAGAAACCCUCGCCGCCCUUUUGAACUAGUACUUCUCCUUCUGCUCUGCUCCCCCCACCCUCUCUCUCUCUCUCUCUCUCUCUCUCUCUCUCUGUGAGCAGAAACAGAGAGAUGGUUCUGGGUCCCAGCGGCGUCGCCUGGAUGGAGGACUUGGGCGAGGAAGACGAAGUCUCCUGGACCAGAGACGCCGCCGCCGCCGCCGCCGGCAACGGCGGGGAAGCGGCGCAGCCCAAGGACGACGACGACGACAUCGCCAUGGGGGGAGCUUCCCUCACCACCUUCAAGUCCAUGCUCGACGCCGACUGGUCCUACUUCGGGACCAACCCGUCGCACCAUUCCCAGCAGCAGCAGCAGCAGCAGCUCCAGCAGCUGCAGCCUCCUCCGGAAAUGGCCGACCUGUCGUUCUCCUCCGCCCCGAUUCCCGACAGCGCCCUCCUCCUCCACCACCACCACCACCACCACCCACACCCGCUGGACUCCUCCUCCUCCUGCUCGCCGUCGCAGGCCUUCGUCCUCGACCCCUCGCAGACCCACCAGCCGUUCAUGCCGUCCAAGAACUGCUUCACCUCCCUCCUCAACGUCGCCUGGAACAAUUCCUUCGACAAUGGCUUCGAUUUGGGCUGCGACGCCGCCGGGCUUUUUGGCUCGGUGCAGGGCAAUCAGACCUCGAGCGCGUCGCUUCUGAUGGGCGGCUCUGAGCUGGGCUCCGGUUCCGAGCUGCUGCCAGUGCCGCCUCGGCUCGUCCCGCUCGCCGAAAGCUCAGCCCAAUUGCCAGGCGGCGGGUUCGGGCUGACUGGGUUCGAGGGCUUUGAGAGCCCUGGCAACCCACUUUUCGCGAACAGGUCUGCCAAGGUCCUAAGGCCUCUUGAGGUUUUCCCCCAGACGGGUGCUCAGCCGACUCUGUUUCAGAAGAGAGCUGCCCUGAGAAAUGGGUCCGGCAGUAAUGGCGACGGGGCUGAGAAAUUGGGGAAUUUGGAGAUCUCGGUGUCAAGGUUGGCUGAAUUGGACAAGAAGAGGAAGAAGAUUGAUGAGGGUAACAAUGACGAAUUGAGCUUUGAUGGGUCCGGCUUGAAUUAUGAUACCGAUGAGGGUAAUGAGAGCGGGAAGGCUGCAGAGGACUCGAAGUACGAUGGGUGCAAUUCGAAUGCAAACAGCACGGUCACAGUCGGCGAUCAGAAGGGGAAGAAGAAGGGGCUGCCGGCGAAGAAUCUGAUGGCUGAGCGGCGCCGGAGGAAGAAGCUGAAUGAUAGGCUGUACAUGCUUAGGUCGGUAGUGCCCAAGAUCAGCAAGAUGGAUAGAGCUUCAAUUCUGGGGGAUGCCAUUGACUACUUGAAGGAGCUUCUGCAGAGGAUCAAUGACCUCCAUAACGAGCUAGAAUCGACCCCGCCUGGAUCCAUGUUGCCUCCUUCGACAAAUUUUCAUCCGUUGACACCGACUCCGCCCACCCUUCCUUGCCGUGUGAAGGAAGAACUGUGCCCGAGCUCCUUGCCAAGUCCUAAGGGCCAGCCUGCAAGAGUCGAGGUUAGAGUGAGGGAAGGGAGAGCAGUGAACAUCCACAUGUUUUGUGCACGCAGACCGGGGCUCUUGCUCUCCACCAUGAGGGCUCUAGACAACCUUGGGUUGGACAUUCAACAGGCUGUCAUCAGCUGUUUCAACGGAUUCGCUUUGGAUGUUUUCCGAGCUGAGCAAUGUAGGGAAGGUCAAGAUGUCCUCCCAGAACAGAUCAAGGCAGUCCUCUUAGAUUCAGCUGGCUUCCAUGGGAUGGUGUGACUUGAGGAGACUAGAUUAACUGAAGCGAAGCCGGCGCUAACCCUAGUUUCCGUUGAGCUAUUUAGUCUUUUUAAUUGUAAAUGCUGCCUCCUCUGGUAUGCUGAAGCAGAAAUUAGGUUAGCUAGUUUAAUGUUGCAUUUCGAGGUUGAAUUACUUACUUACCUAAAUGGGAUGUACUUCCAUGAACAUGCUUCUAGAGAGCAAGAUGAUGUUCUAAAGUUUCCAGUUUCAAAGAUAGAAAUUUGCUCUCCCUUUUCUUUUCA